GUCGAUUAUCAUUUUGAUUCCAACAAAAAUCGACAUCAUGACAAAACCACACGAAACCCCCCCGGGAUCCCCUCCCGGAUCUCCCACCAUCCCCCGGGCAAGCGUCCAUGACGCCUCUGUCCAAGAGCCUAAGGUCGUCGCCAAAAAAGAGGCGCCCAUGACCGAGGCCGAAGCCGAGCAGGCCCUGGCCGCCAGUGUGGAGAUACCAUCAACACCGACGGACGUCAAUGUGGAUAUUCCACCAACGUCGCCAGCCCCGGGCGCCGAGAGCUCAACCCAGCCAGGCGAACAUGCAGACACCUCGUCCCCCGAUCCCCAGUCAUCUUCGGGCGAGGAAUCUGAGGAGAGCGUAGGUGAUGGGAGAAUGGCCAUCACCAGCGGCGUUCUCCAGAACAUCCUCGCAGACUGGACCUUGCGUGGUCGUCCCGCGCUGCUUCUCAACGUCGUCUGUCAUCGCGAUUGGGACAACGAAGAUGAGCCAGAUUCAGUCGAAGAGGCCGUUCUUCGAGACCUCUGCGAUUUGCCUCAUAGCGUGACGGUGUCCGAUAUCGACAGCGCCAUGACGGAUGCUCGCCGUAGGGCAUACGACACCACAAUCAGAAGGGGGCUCGAAGAUAUCGGGUUGAAUUUCAUCAACUACGUAGUCCUGCUCUAUGUGUGGGAUCAGUUCCACACUUACUUGACGCGCGACGACUUCCCAUGGAAGGAUUACAUGCCGGUCGACAUGAUGUCGGGAGGUCCCGACGACGGGUUCCACGGCCAUCGAAGCCUUCGCGAGAGGCAAAAGGCGAUUAAGGCGCAACGAGCAAUGGCGGCCUCGUCCUCAUCCCAGGCCAAGCCGACACCGCCCGCGCCCAGCCAGCCCAUGCAGCCCAUGCAGCCCACGCAGCAGCCCAUGCAGCAACCGAUGCAGCAGCCAAUGCAGCAGACUGGCAUGCCACCGCAGGGCUACCCGCAAGCCGAUGGCUACGGGUACGACUACGGCAUGCCCCCGCAGGGCCACCCGCAAGCCCAUGGCUUCGGGUACGGAUACGGCACGCAGCCCGAGGGCGGAUGGCGGAGCGCUGGUCCGCAGUGGCGGCAGUGA